CUACUAUUCCCAGCCGACGUGAUGAUGAACCUCUCUAAAGCACACCAUUGAAAGCUAACGAUCCUCGAAACCUCCCGAUUUCUCUCUCCCGUAAACUCCAUUCGGAGAACAGAAUGUUAUCAAUUCUCCUCCGCGUCCCCAGGUUCCCUCCUCGCCUCUCUCUCUCUCUCCAAUUCCCCACUCCUUGCAUUCCUGGAGCGCAGUGGGAAUGUUCCAUGGCCGUUACGCAGCCUGGCAUCUGCCAAGACCCGCAAGAGUCUCGUCUCCAGCCAAGAGGAACCUUGGAUGAUCACGUCUCCACCGCUUUUGCCCCUCUUUUCUUCUGCUCUCGGUCUCUCUUUCUCUCUCUUUUCUCUUCUCCUCUGCAGAGGUUGGGUACUGACUUGGCUAGGGGCCGGGCCUUCCUUCAACUUGCGACAUUCUUGGCGUUAUCAAAUUCCAGCCAACUCAAUUUGGGUCGAGACGGUCUAGGGGCUCUCGGCAUCGCUAUCUCAUCUUCAGUCAUCAUCGAUCACACCGUGGCGCAUGUGAACCUGCAGCAGGAGCAACAGACUUAUGAUCUCUUCGUCGACCGAGUUUUGUAUAGACCCCCCUGUGGUGUUGAAAAAUGAGGAAAGGGGGAAGGAAAUUUGAGACUUUCUUUCCCCUCUCUCGAUACACCUCCCUCCACCCCCUUGCAAAUGACAAUUUCCCCUCCAUUACCCCCCACGCUCCUUAUUUUAUUUGGUUUUGGUUUUUUCUUCACGGCAUUAUCGAUCGGCUCUUUGUGCAGUGC